GUACAACUACGGAGUUCAUCCCCCUCCUAGUUAUCAGAAUCUCAGUAUGCUGUAUAACUUUACCUGCGCAAACUGAAUGACUUUUCUGUUUCCACGAACAAUUGGCUUGCUUUUGUCGGUUCCUUUGACGCGUUUCUCACUCUGUGAGGAUCCAACGCGCGUUUUGUCUCCGACUGUGAGCAAGUUGUCACACCAGUGGAUCAUUUUCUGUUAGCUGCCGCGUCCGAGAGCGUGAACAAAAAAGAUUCCAGCAGCACACAUCCCGCAUACAAACUCGUCGCAAUGCCAUCAAUGGCACCUUCUCGCAAUGAGCCGUCAUACCUCCUGAAUCAGCUCAUCAUAUCUCCCUCAGACGCGGACUAUCUUGACCAAUUGAUUCCUUCCAUCAAAGAGUAUAGCGUUGGCAACCGAACAUCACAACUAUCACAGACUUUGUCUAGAUUUGCUAGUGACAAGGAGACUGAGAUAGAGACCAUCUGCAAUACCAAUCACCAGGAGUUCGUAACAUCAGUGAAUCAGCUUUUGCGCAUUAGGGAAGGUACAGUCAGCCUGACUGCUGAAAUAUUGGACCUCAACCAGUCGAUACAAGCAAGCACGGAAAAGCUCGCUGAACAGAAGAGAGCUUUGGUAGAGUCACGGAGUCACCGGCAGAACAUCGAUGAGACAUACAGAGCUAUACAGGACUGUCUGGAGGUGUUGCGUCUCGCGAAUCAAGUCCACGAUUUGCUCGCCAAGAAGAAUCACUAUGCCGCACUACGCGCUCUAGAAGAAUUGCAAAAUGUCCAUCUUAAAGGGGUAACGCAAUAUAAAAUUGCGGACAUGAUCCAGCGCUCAGUCCCAACAACGCAAAAAGCAAUAGCGGAAGCUGUCAUGUCUGACCUUAACACUUGGCUAUACAGAAUCCGAGAGAUGUCGCAGUACCUUGGGGAGAUCGCUUUGUAUCAUACUGACUUGCGAAAGACCAGGCAUAAGGAGCGGACAGAAAUAUCACCCUAUCUUGGCCAGUUCAAGCUAAAUUCGGCGAUCGAGCUGGUAUCCGACGAGAGCGAAGAGUACGAUCUUUUGCAAAAUGAGGAACUUCAGGUUGAUUUUACACCAUUAUUUGAAUGUCUCCACAUUCACCGAUCAUUAGGGCAUAUGGAUAGAUUUCGAGUUGAGUACGCUAAUACUCGACGUCGGCAGAAGGAACUUUUGUUACCAGCCUCCAUAACUCUUAUUGAUGAAGAUGGCGCUAGUCUGCACAAUCUUCUCGAAGAAAUGGCAGGCUUUGCCAUUGUUGAGCGUUCCACAAUGAAGAGGGUCCCGGACCUGAGGUCUUCGGUUGAUGUCGAUGAAUUAUGGGAUUCCAUGUGCCAAACAGCUGUGAUCCUGAUAUCGGAGGCUCUCCAUGAGGUUGACAAUGCUGAGAGCCUACUGAAAAUAAAAAAUCUCAUCGCAUUGUUCAUGCAAACAAUGAAUACCUGGGACUUUCACGUCGGGGUUUUUGAUGACUUCCUUCUGAUUUUAUUCAGGAAAUAUGCCGAUCUGCUCAAGAAAAGAUUUAGUGACGAUUUCCGAGAGAUAGUAUCGACCGAUGAUUAUAUGCCUAUGCCUAUACAGACAAUCGAGGAAUUUGAUAAAGUAUUGAAUGUCAGUUGGUACAGUCCUGACAAGUCAAGGGAGGAGCAAGUGUUUCCGUGUGUCUUACCCUUUUCCCAAAUGUAUCCUUUGUGCUGCAUCGACAUCCGCAACUUUUUGAACCAGUUCUAUUUUUUUGCCAAUGACGAUUUCUCUCAUCCUAGUCUCAUUGACGAGACCCUGAGAGAUGCAUUGGAUGAACUCCUAUCAGACAAAGUUUGCGACACCCUUGUCGAACGGCUUUCCUCACAAUAUCUGGGGCAGAUCGUGCAGAUUUUAAUAAACCUGGAGCAUUUUGAGCUCGCGUGUCGCGAACUCGAGCUAUUACUCGCUGCUGCUCGAUCACAGAAUGUCUCUGGUGAUGUGGUCACCUUGAACGCUACCGAGAAAUUUAGGAGCAAUAAGAAAGCAGCUGAAAAACGUAUCUUUGAGGUUGUUAAUUCCAAGAUCGAUGACCUCAUAGAAACCGCUGAGUACGAUUGGAUGGCAUCUGUCCCACCCGCCGAGCCUAGCAACUACAUGCAAACACUAACACGCUUCUUGUCGAACAUCAUGAACUCGACACUACUCGGCUUGCCGACAGAAAUAAAAGAACUUAUCUACUUUGAUGCUCUCAGUCAUGCCGCGAAUAUGAUUCUUGCACUCCCUCUCUCUCCGGAGGUGAAAAAGAUUAACCCAAACGGUGUAAUGGCCCUUGCAAAAGACGUCGAAUACCUAUCCCAGUUUGUUGAUAGUCUUGGUGUUCCUAUACUCCGAGAAAACCUUGACGAGCUGCAACAGACGGUGCAGUUGAUGCAAGCAGAUAACACUGACGAGUUUUAUGAUAUAUCUACGCGGAACAAGAAAUACGGUCGUGUGGAUGCUAUUCAUGGUCCUGUCUUGUUAGAGAAGAUUAUACGCACUGUUCAAAGUCCUGUAAAAGCGGAUAAAUUCUCCACACUCUCAUCGAGAUUUGGCAAGAAGUUAUGAACUUUGCUGACUACUUGGUCUAAUUCAUUGUAUGUACCAUCAAGCAAGUGCACUGGUUUUAUUCAGAGACAGCAUGUCAAAAAAAUAUGUGGGUAUGAGAACUGCUUCACGAUAACUCCGUAAAUCUGCAACACAGCUGUUGCUACACAGUACAUAGCCGGCCACUUCCUUUACCGGGGUAACCGAAACCAUGGCAUGGUGCCGUUGUACGUAUAAUCUUAGUGUGCCGCUCAGGUUGUACCUGGCUCUGAGUGCCGUCACCACUCA